UGUGCGUCGGCGUGGCGUGGCGUGCACGCGCCUCCAUUCCGACACUGCGCGGACAAGGAGAAGCGACUAAACCGAAGCUUCCACGCAACGGAGUCGAAGCAGGCCACUUCCUACCGGCUGCCUCGCGACGUGCCUCGACCGACGGACGAGCGCGGCACGGCGUAACGCCGCGGCACGGCGUAACGCCACGUCACGUCACGUCGACUCAAGUAAGCAAAGAAGCACGAAAGUCCGCGAAGAACUACACUCGCUUCCCGCUGGGAGUUGACGACGCAGCGGAGCGGCCAUGCUGGACCCGUCCUCCAGCGACGACACCGGCGGGGAGUCCGACCCGGAAGUUGCCCGGGAGCCCGCCACGAAAGCAGACGGUUCCUUCUCGCUCAAGUCGGGCGCCGAGAGUCGGGCGGAUGGCAGCCGGCAGCGACAGCACACAGCGCCGCUCAAGCAGGGACAGCCCGCCGCCGCCGCCGCCGCCGGAGACGGGCACAGCGCCCACCAGAACCUUCGAGGCGGCUCCACAGGUGAAGAGGAGGAGAGGCGAGAACGCGAGCGAGUGCAGCGGGAGGAAGAGGAGCAUAAAGUGCAAUUGCAGAUCUACGUGUUCGUGCUGCGAUGCAUCGCUUACCCGUUCAACGCCAAGCAGCCCACCGACAUGGCCCGCCGGCAGCAGAAGGUACACAAGCAGCAGCUGCAAGCGGCCAGGGAGCGUUUUCAGGCCUUCCUCAACGGCGAGACGCAGAUCGCAGCCGACGAAGCCUUCUGCAACGCUGUCAGGAGCUACUGUGAGGGCUUCCUGAAGAGCGAGCGCGUGUGCCGCAUGGUCCAGAGCGGCAGCUGCUCGGCCAACGACUUCCGCGAGGUGUUCAAGAAGAACAUCGAGCGGCGCGUGCGCAGCCUCCCUGAAAUGGACGGCCUGAGCAAAGAGACGGUGCUGAGCUCCUGGUUGGCCAAGUACGACGCCAUCUACGGCGGCGACGAGGACGCCUGGCGGCGGCAGCGGCGGGGGGGCCAGCGUCCGCAUCUCGGCGCCGAGCUCAUCCUCAGCAAGGAGCAGCUCUACGAGAUGUUCCGCCUGGUGUUGGGAGUGCGCAAGUUUGAGCACCAGCUGCUCUACAACGCCUGCCAGCUGGACAACGCGGACGAGCAAGCGGCGCAGAUCCGCCGAGAGUUGGACGGACGAUUGCAGCUGGUGGAGCGAAUCGCCAAGGAGAGGCGGUGCCCCGAGCUGGCGUCGGGCGACGCCGAACUCUACGUGGAAGAGCUGCGCUCCUCCGUCAACCUGCUGAUGGCCAACCUGGAGAGUCUCCCCGUGUCCAAAGGAGGAGCCGACUUCAAGCAGAAGCUCAAGCGCUCCUCCGCCGGCGGCACCUUCCUGGACCUGGGCGACGACGUGGACGUCCUGUCCAAGGCCGACGUCUCGCUGUCCUUCGCGCUGGAGGUGGUGAUCGUGGAGGUGCAGGGUCUCAAGUCGCUGGCUCCCAACAGGAUCGUCUACUGCACCAUGGAAGUGGAAGGAGGCGAGAAGCUGCAGACGGACCAAGCCGAAGCCUCCAGACCUCAGUGGGCCACGCAGGGCGACUUUGUCACCACGCACCCGCUGCCCUGCGUUAAAGUCAAACUCUUCACGGAGAGCACCGGCGUUCUGGCCCUGGAAGACAAGGAGCUGGGCCGAGUGCUCCUCAAGCCCACUGCCAACGGGCCCAAGCAGGCCCACUUCCAGCCCAUGCAAGUCCCCAAGAACAGCCAGGACGUGGAACUGAGGAUCAAACUGGCCGUGCGCAUGGACAAGCCGCCCAACAUGAAGCACAGCGGCUACUUGUACGCGUUGGGACAUCGCGUGUGGAAACGCUGGAAAAGGAGAUACUUUGUUCUGGUCCAGGUGAGCCAGUACACCUUCGCCAUGUGCAGCUACCGCGAGAAGAAGCCCGAGCCUCAGGAGCUGAUGCAGCUGGAGGGCUACACUGUCGACUACUGCCGGCCUCAGCCGGGCCUACAGGGCGGCGCCGUCUUCUUCAACGCGCUGCGCGAGGGCGACCUGGUGGUGUUCGCCUGCGACGACGAGCAGGACCGGCUGCUGUGGGUGCAGGCCUUGUGCCGGGCCACCGGGCAGUCCUACAAGCCGGCCCCGCCCCCCCACGCCAACCGCCGCAAAGCCGACACGCCCUCCUCGCCCAUCAGUCUGGAUCUGUGCGAGCGUCAGGGCGUGGAGGAGCUGGUGUCGGCGUCUCCGUGCCGUUUGGACCACACGCGCCUCUUUGGCAUUUUGCAGAAGCAAACGCUGCGGCACCGCAUGAACGAUUCCUUCUCCUGCCUGGGUUGGUUCAGUCCGGGCCAGGUGUUUGUUCUGGACGAGUACUGCGCUCGCUACGGCGUGGGCGGCUGCCAGCGCCACCUGAGCUACUUGAAGGAGCUGAUGGACUUGUCUGAGAACAACACGCUGGUGGACCCCACGCUGCUUCACUACAGUUACGCCUUCUGCGCCUCACACGUGCACGGCAACAGGCCCGACGGGACGGGGACGGUGACGCUGGAGGAGAAGGAGCAGUUCCAGGCUGUCAGGACUCGCCUCAUGCGCCUUCUGGACAACCACAUCACGCACUUUCGGUACUGCUUCCCUUUCGGGCGACCAGAUGGCGCACUCAAGGCCACGCUCUCCCUGCUUGAGAGGGUUCUGAUGAAGGACGUGGUGAGCACGCCGCUCGGCAGCGAGGAGAUGAAGAAGGUGCUGCGGCGCUGCCUGGAGAAGGCGGCGGCCGUCAACUACGGCCAGCUGCUGGAGUUUGCCAACUGGAAGGCCGGGGCCAAGCGGCUGGAGGACGCCGUGCGUCUGGCCGAGCUCGUCGUCGAGGUCCUGCAGCAGAACGACGAACAUCACGCCGAGGCCUUUUCGCUGUGGCCCGAGCUGAUGCGCGAGCACGCCGAGCACUUCCUGGCGCUGUACCGCCUGGACCUGGACUUGGCUCUGGAGGCGCAGCCCGUGGAUUCCUGGAGCAGCUUUCCGCUCUUCCAGCUCCUCAACGGCUUCCUCGCCGCCGAUGCCCAGCUGUGCGACGGGCCCUUCCACAAGCACCUCCAGGACGCCUUCGUCCCUCUGGUGGUGCGCUACGUGGACCUGAUGGAGUCGUCCAUCGCGCAGUCCGUCCACCGCGGCUUCCAGCAGGAGACCUGGCAUUCCGUCAAGAACGGCUCGGCCACGUCGGAGGAUCUCUUCUGGAAGCUCAAUGCGCUGCAGAUGUUGGCGCUGGAGCUGGACUGGCCCGAGCCCGCCUUCGCCGAGCACCUGCAGCGGAGACUCAAGCUGAUGGCCAGCGACAUGACCGAGGCCUGCGUCAAGAGGACCAAAAGCGCCUUUGACGCCCAACUGCAGAAAGUCAGCAAGUGGACGGAGCUGCGCGUGCCGCUGUGCGCCUGCACCAUGUUGAACGUCGUGGCUGACGCCAAGAGGCGCUGCCCUGAGCUCUGCGCGCUGGACACUGGCCAGGAGACGGACACGCAAUGGCAGCACUAUCACUCCAAAAUCGACGUGCUCAUCGACGACGCCUUCCAAGACAUGAUCUCUGCACUCGUAGCCAAGUUGGGUGCGGUGUUGGACGCGGUUCUGUCCAAGCUGUCGAGAUACGACGAAGGAACUUUGCUGUCCUCCAUCCUGUCCUUUACGGUGAAAGCAGCUGCCAAAUACGUGGAAGUUCCCAAAUCGGGCACGGACCUGGCCGACGCCUACGUCACCUUCGUGCGGCAGAACCAGGACAUCCUCCGUGAGCGCAUCGGUGACGAGCUCUGCAUCGAGAAAAUCUUUGACCAAUGGUACAGCGUGUCCACGAAAGCCGUGUGCGUGUGGUUGGAGGAUCGACUGGACCUUCAGCUGCACGUGUACCAGCUCAAGAGCCUCAUCAAGAUGGUCAAGAAGGGCUACCGAGACUUCCGUCUCCAGGGCGUGGCGGAUGGCACGCUCAACGGCAAAAGCUACGUGACGGUGUACAACCGACUGACGGUGGAGGAGGCCACGCUGGCCGUCAAGGCGGGAGACGCCCUGGACGGGGUCAGCAUGCGGGACAGCGACCAGGACGACGACUGAAGCUUGCUGUCGUCGUCGUCGCGCGGCCUCAAACUUCCAGCGUCAAGUUAGUGCCAAAAAAAGCUGAGCCAUCUUCUUGAGUGAGGCUGAGGCUAAUGCUAAUGCGGACGUCAAUUCUCUUCAAAUGUGAGCUUUUAGUGACAUACAAAAUAAUAACAAGAUGAAUCUUUUUCAAACCACCACCAUAAAUGUCAAGGACAGCCGAGUAAGGGAUUUGCCGUGCUCACUCCCAUUUACCAUUUCAUAUGGCCGGUUCCAAGGGUGUGUACACUUGCGCAACUGCAGUUGUUUUUUUUCAGUUGUAUGGGUUAAAAGUCACAUUCAUAGUUUGCUAAUCAUUUGUCUCUUUUCAAAUAUACACCCAAAGAAAAUGUCAUUUACACAGGGGUGUGUAGACUUUUCAUAUCCACUUUGGGUAUAUGAAAAUAUUUCUUUUCCCAAACUUGAGAAAAAUGAGUGCGUGCCCGUCAAUAAAUAUUUCUAAGCAGUUGACAAUUGAAGCAAGUGGCAUUGUCAGAGGCUGGCAGAAAUUAACACCUCCCUCAAAUUGAUCCAAGCGCAAGAAUUGCGACACACACACACACACACACACACACACACAGACGAGUUGGAGCCAAUUUGAAGUCGUGCCAAACUUCAACAGCAGCGCCAAGCAGUCUCUCGGAGGAGUUGAAUGGUCCACAUGAGCAGAUCAACGCCUCCCUCAAAACGACACGCUCGCUCGUUGACUCGUCGGCUGGCAGGCUGGCUGGCUGGCUGGCUGGCCGGCCGGCCGGCCCGCAUGACAAUCUCGCUGAAAUGGAAGAGCAGCAGUUGACGACUGAACCCGCUCGACCUCAUGAAAACAACAGCGAAAAGCUUCUCUCGGAGCUAACUUGUGAGCGCCUCCCUCAAAUAGAUGACGCACACGUUCAUUCGUACGGAUGUGUGUUGCUAACCAAAACCGCAGCAACCUUUCGGACGAAGCAACAAAUGAACGGCUCCCCUCAAAUAGGCACCUCCCACUUGACUUGUGAACCAACAUGGAAUCCAACAAAAGUAAAGGCAAGAAGGAACUCCUCCCUCGAGUAGACGCCCUCGUUCAGUGCCGGGGCCUCUGAGCUCUCAGUUGCUAGCCAAAAUGGCAGCAGCUAAACCAGAGGCUCCCAGGCCAACCAAGACUCCUCAGUAGGGUGACCUCUGGAUCGCGCCCCCUUGUGGACGAUUGCGUGGCCUGCAAAAUGCCUCUUUUUUUUUGGGGUCUCAUACUUAAUGGAGUAAAAUGUGUUCUAAAAUCCGGUGACCGAUAUGAUGAAACGUCCCAUUUGUCAUCAUCAGUAGCAGCACGAUCAUCACUUUCAACGUCAUUGAUGACAUUGAAUGUAUUUGUAUUUUUUUUUUGUAUUAUUUGAAUGUUUUGAAUUGUUCUUGAAGCUGUGCUCACGUGUGCUUGUUGUGAUCUAAAGAACGAAAAAUGUAUUGAUAUGUCACGUACUGUCCAAUAAAAGCAUUUUGGAAGCC